AUGUACAGAACAUCACUUCCUCCACAACCGUCUACACCCGAGCCAGUACCGGCGGAGACAGAAGAAAUUGGAUCUGUCUCUUCAAUGGCCCUAAGUGAACCAUCUUCACCUAAUGCGAUACAAGAGGGUAACGAUCCUAAGCAAAAAGGCACAACAACGGGCGACAGCUGCAUAUUGCCUCUGCGAAAGCAGAUGUCUAGUGAAACCUCUCCCACUGCCAAUUUGACUGACGAACCUCACAUUGUACCCAGCCAAAUUGCUGCUGAUAAACCCCGACCGCCAGAGAACCCGGCUGCAGAGCUAGCCCCAUCGCGGCGAAAUGCUAUAGUGCCACUGACACCGUUACCCCUCUUCAAAUCUGUUAAAAAUAAAAAUGAAGAAAUCUAUAAUGGGGUAGCUUAUUGGUACCAGAGUUUUCGACUUCAGAUGUGGUCACCAGUAGCGUCAAUGGUGGGUAUACAUUGGGAAAAAGCGGAACAACUCAGUUGGCAUAUGGGAAGAGAGGAGAUCUUCCAACGCUCCACCAGCUCAAUGGCAAUUCGUCCAAUUUUCUAUGGUAAGGGACUUUAG